CAGAGAGGGAGCACAGGGGCUCUGAUGGAGAGAAAUGCUGUUGCCAGGAAACAGCAGCCACAUAAACGUCCACUGAAUACAGCAACAGGAUUACCCACAGGCUUCAACUCAGAGACUAACGCUCAUUUUUCUCAAGUUGCUUGCAGGAAUAUGCACAAUUUUUGCUUUUAGUUUUGGAUCCAGAAAAUGAUCUCAGUGUAAGGGGAAAAAGGAUGUAUGGAUCCAGAUUAUGAAGGGGACUAGACGGGAGAUGACUGCCAGAGCGGAUGCAUUCCUCAUAAAGGGAUUUUGUGUCCUGGUUGUUGGAAGAAGAUUUUGAGAGGCAGACUGUCUUCACUGAAAAUCUUUCCCACACCAAAGGUGGCCGUGGCCAGAGGAGGGGAGGGGGACGCCAGAACAGAGGUUCCUCCUGUCUUCAAACACCUGCGGCUGGCUAAGCUGCUGACACUGAGGACGCUGUGUCUGUGCAUGAGCAUAUUUGAGUGUGUGCAUGGAUUCACAAAAGAGAAAGAGGAGGGAAUUCACACUGGUUUGAGCGUGCAUGUGGGGGAUUGGGACUUUCUUCCGUCAAAUCCUUGCAUCUGAGACUGCAGAGGAGAGACACGAUUACGCAGGCACGCCUCAGAGACUGAAUCUGAGGGGAUCUUGUGUUGCUCACGCCCACAGAUGGGCACCACGGAGGCCACUCUGCGAAUGGAGAACAUGGAAGUGAAGGAUGAGUGGCAGGAUGAAGACUUCCCCAGACCUCUACCUGAGUACGGAGACAUGGAUCCCUCUUGUGGACUCACAGACAACAGAGUCUCUCCUCCUGGCUCCCUGCACGUGACUCCACCUGGAGGAGGCGUGUCCUCAAGUCACCGCAAGCGACGCACACUGGUCGCCCCGGAGAUGAACCUGUCCUUGGACCAAAGUGAAGGCUCUCUGCUGUCAGAUGACUUCCUGGACACCCCAGAUGACUUGGACAUAAAUGUGGACGACAUUGAUACACCAGAUGAAACGGACUCGCUGGAGUUCAUCACCAACGGCAACGACCUGGAGUGGGAAGAUGACGCCCCGGUGGCCUCGGCUAAAGCAGGUCCCUGCGGCGGGUCUGCAGAGGCAGACGGGGAUGGAAAUGCAAACAGCGGGCGGCUGUGGAGAACCGUGAUCAUCGGGGAGCAGGAGCAUCGUAUCGACAUGCAGGUCAUAAGACCCUACCUCCGCGUCAUCACACACGGAGGUUACUAUGGAGAAGGCCUAAAUGCUAUCAUUGUGUUCUCUGCCUGCUACCUGCCUGACAGCAGCUGUCCAGACUAUCACUACAUCAUGGAAAACCUCUUCCUAUACGUGGUGAGCAGCCUUGAGAUGCUCGUGGCCGAAGAUUACCUGAUCAUCUACAUGAACGGCGCCACUCCUCGAAAUAAGAUGCCUGGGAUCAGCUGGCUGAAGAAGUGCUACCAAAUGAUUGACAGAAGAUUGAGGAAGAACCUGAAGUCUCUGGUUAUCGCUCAUCCGACAUGGUUCAUCCGCACGGUCCUGGCUAUUUCCAGACCUUUCAUCAGUGUGAAGUUCAUGAAUAAAAUCCAGUACGUCCACAGUCUGGAUGAACUGGCAGCGCUUGUCCCCAUGGAGCACGUCCACGUCCCCGAAUGUGUGGUGCAAUUUGAUGAGGAGCGAAUGAAAGCGCAAAGAGAAAGGAUGGAGCAGGAGCAGCGUCAGCAGAAGCAGUCGGCGCAACAGGAAGCCGUCAAAAAGUCUGAGAGGCCAAAGUCAGUGAUUGUAGAUCAAGGCUUAUGAGUCGAGCUGCAGUUUCUUUGAAAAUGAAGGAUGCAAGAACGCCAUUUAACAUUUCCAAACACUAUCGACAUCCAGCUGGAGGAAUGUGCUUCCACUGCAUCCAUUCUGUCUCCUUGUCUGCUAAAGAGGCUUCAUGCCAACGUUGAAAAUGUACAAUCGUGCUGAAAACCGCUGCUCCCUUCAGUCCUUCAGGUCCUGAUGUGAGGCAUAACCUGAAUUACUACUGAGCUCUUUGUAUGAAAUCAUCGUUUUUACGUCCUUUAACAUCAAAUUACAAAGGUUGCACUUUUUCCCCUUGAUUUUAAAGAUGAUGGCACAAAAAUUGAUGUGUUCCAAAGCACAAAAGAUCAACCACUAGUUUUAGCCUAACUUGUCUUAUAUGGAAGAGGUUUACCAUGCAAGUUGUUUUUUUCUUUCAGAAAUGCCAUUUCAUGAUGUCUUCUAGGCUUUUGUUCAUAAAGUUUCUGAAUGUCUGCUCUGUGAAUGUUUUGCUAUAAUGUGCCUUUUUUAUUUUAUUACAUCUCUGCAUUUUUUGACCCAGAAAACCUGUGAGAAAAACACUUAACGUCAGCAAUACUUCUUUAUUUUGUGUAUUACUGCCACAUAAACGGACGUUUGCUGAGGAAUAAAACAGCAGCUAAUAUUUUGUUUCUCAUAGGAUGUGAAUACAAAAAAAACAAAUUUACAUGAUGAAAUGUAAGACAGCAAAGAAACAUUACAUCCUUAUAAUCCAGCAGUUCUGUAACUAGAGAAACAAGCCCUUUGCAUUUCCAAGCUUUUGUUUGCAUCUGUUCCAUAAGCAGCAGUGGAUCACAAAAGUAAGAAUCUCUCACCUGCUUUACUUUUAUGGAUUUGGACAUUUUGGUUCAAAUCCAACAUUUGGGAGUUUUCAGGACAGAAAGUCAUCGUUUGUGUUCAGAAGCUGCUUUGUUGAUUCCUGUCCUUUGUUAAGGUUUGGGCUGCUUGUGGAAAUUCCUGUGCAUAUUUCAGCUUCCAUCCAUGUCAAGCGGGGAAAAAAAACUAUUUUUUCUCCUCUUUCUCACAAAUUUCACUGUUUAACUCAAACUCUGCACUAACAAAAAGUUGUUUUUGUUUCACUGACAGCCUGAUGAACCCUAAUGGAAAUUAGAAAUGUCUUCAAAUGUAAUUUAUCAUUGUCAGAAUUUUUAUUUUGUUCUUUUUUACUUUACUUGUUGAUGUUUUACGCAAUUUUUACACAAGACUGAAUAAUAUGCACUUCCCAAAAUAAAAUAUUUUCAUUUUCAUGUCUGAAAAGCACUACCUUUUUAAUGCUAAACACCCCCUAUGUGUCCCCUGCAGGAGUCUGCAGGGGUUUAUCUGCUUGUUUUUCAUCUGUCAUUGGUGGAUAAAUAUGAAUCAAUAAAUGUCUCUGCCAUUA